CCUUCAUGUUAUAAACUUGACUUUUAUAACAGCGUCUUUUAUUUUACCGGAUGUUGCGUUGUAACCGGAAGUGGCGCCUUGGUGAAGUGUUUCGCGCGAGAUACCAAAGCAGUGUCCGGUGUUUACGGCCUUCAGUUGUAACAGAGUCAUGUUCUCGGACGUCACGGUGCCGAAGGAGACGCUGCUCCGUCCUCCGAGCUCCGACGCGCCGGUGUUCGAGCGAGAAGAGCCGUCCUACUCCGGCUGCUCGGGGUGUUUCCGUCUCGGAGAGCGCAGCUUCAGCCGUCAGUACGCUCACAUCUACGCCACGCGCCUCAUGCAGAUGCGGGAGAUCCUGGUCGACCGAGCGCGGCAGAAAUGGGGGACGGCGGUGCCGAUCAGGAAGCUGUGUGACCUGGAGACGGGCGAGAGGUGUGUGAUCGUGGGCACGCUGUUCAAACACAUGGAGCUGCAGCCGUCCAUCCUGAAGGAGAUCAGUGAGGAGCACAACCUGCUCCCGCAGCCUCCUCGAGCCAAAUACAUCAGCCAAUCGGACGAGCUGAUUCUGGAGGACGAGCUGCAGAGGAUCAAACUGGAGGGCCAAAUCGACACGUCCAAGUUUGUUACCGGAAGUGUGAUUGCGAUUCUGGGUGCCGAGAAAAACGACGGUAAAUUUACGGUGGAGGAUUUUUGUCUGGCUGACCUGCCGCCUCAGACGCCCCGAGAACCUUUAAACACGGACAGGUUUGUGCUCCUGGCUUCGGGUCUGGGGUUGGGCGGCAGCAGAGCAGAGAGCAUGCUGGGAUUGCAGCUGCUGGUCGACACUGUAACGGGUCACCUCGGCGACGUUGGGGAGCAGAGCGGGGCGGCGUCCAUCUCUCGUGUCCUGUUGGCUGGAAACCUGCUGAGUCGAAGCACGCAGGAUAAAGACUCCAGCAUGAAGGCGAAGUAUCUGACUAAGAAGACACAGGCAGGAAGUGUGGAGGCCAUCAGACUGCUGGAUGAGCUGCUGGUUCAGCUGGUGGCCUCCGUAGCGGUGGACGUGAUGCCAGGAGAGUUUGACCCCACUAACUACACUCUGCCCCAGCAGGCCCUGCACGGCUGCAUGUUCCCUCUGUGUGGCUCAUACCGAACCCUGCAGCUCGUCACCAACCCCUACCAGGCCGUGUUGGACGGCGUACAUUUUCUGGGCACUUCGGGACAGAACGUGAGCGACAUUGUGAAGUACAGCAGCGUUGACGAUCACCUGGAGAUUCUGGAGAACACACUGCGACUCCGACACCUCGCUCCUACCGCCCCCGACACGCUGGGUUGUUACCCGUUCUACCAGAAGGACCCGUUCAUCCUUAGUGAGUGUCCUCAUGUGUACUUCAGUGGAAACGCUCCGAGCUACCAGUCCAAACGGAUCACAGGUACUGAAGGUCAGGAGGUGCUGCUGUUGACAAUCCCAGAAUUCAGCAGUACGCAGACGGCCUGCCUGGUGAACCUGCGCACGCUUGAGUGCGAGCCGAUCAGAUUCUCCGCCUUUUCCGCCGAAGAUGACGAGGAGAGCGAGAUGAACGUCAGCCACUGAACUUUCACAGUGCACAUGUCAAAUGUCAGGUGUUGUCCCCCCCCCCCCUUAGAGAAACCUGCGAAACCAGCCUCGGUGAUUGGCAAGAAAUAUUAAAUAUUAAAUAAAAUAACGUGUAGCAGUGGACGAGAUGAUGGUACCUGAGCAGCAAUACACUUAAUUAAGUAAUUAAGACCAUAAAUGGGCCUCUAUAUUUACCAGCAAUUAAAGUAUGUCAGAAAAUAGGGAAAACGUUUUGGUAAACAUCUUAUCCGUCUUUCUGUGUAGAGAAUCAUCUGUGUGUUGCGAAACAAGAUCAAAACAACAAGUUGAAAAAAAAUCCAUAAACAAGCCUUUAUUGGAUGAAACAAGAAGUCCAUUCGACCUCGAGGUCUCUCUGAGAGAAACGCCUCCUGUAGACAUGUGCAGUGCUGACAGAGUUGCUUACUUGUGUGAAAGAAGUGUAAAUAAAGUCACUUUUUUGUAUAAAUGUUCAGUUUUGGCUCUGUGGGAAGCGUGCGGGUCGGGGAAGUUUCUGAAGUUAGAGCCCAGUGUAAUUGCAAGAAGGGAAAAAAAUUAAAUAUGUGGCAGGCUGCAGAGGAGCUGUUAACGAACACAUCUGUAACCUGUUAUUGCAUUCGAAAAACAAACGCUGUAGCCCACUGACGAGUACAGCUUCAUGUACGCCAACAGCAACUAGCUUUAUUCUGUCAGUUAUCUAAUGCAAAAUGUUUACAGUUAAAAUGCAUUAUUUAAAACUAACAAAAA